AUGACCAGAGACACCCACCGCCGACCAUCCGACGCCCAAGAUCCCAUUGAAGCCGAGAUAUUUGCCGGACUAUGGGAGCAUGCCGCCUUUCCACGGCUACCUCGUGAUGCUCCAUCCGUUCUGGAAGAGCUGGUAGAGGAUGUUGAGAAUCCCAAAAGGGUUUACACCAUCCACCGCGCCAGCCGUCGUCACAAUUUCCAGCUCCUUGUUCAAAAAUUCAUAGUUCAGCUUCGCGAUGGCUGUGGCUCGAGUACCUGCAAUACUCCGACAUGCUUCAGCUGCCGCCGGAGGACAGUUGGUCGAGCACCCCUUAGACGCUACAACACUACGAGCGCGAGGACUAUAGCCGUAUUUUUGGCAAGCCAAGACAACCCCGAGGCCGCCUUGUGCCCGACUCUUCGUUCACCCAAGACCCCUCCAGCCGCUCUGAAUUCUUUGAUCUUCUCGAAAGCCUCGAAUCAACACCCUCGCUCUCCCCCAUCGAAGCUACCCGCAAGCUCAGGUUCUGGUUCGACAGCUCAGUCAACAAGGCAUCAGAGGAGGUCUAGCUCAGCGCGAGGAAAGGCAUUAGACAACAAUGCGAGUAGCAACUCAACGCAUGUCGGGGCCCAGGCUUCAACGCAGGUUACGAUGACUGAAAAGCACGUCAGUAAAGACUACAGAUCUUUUGCAGCUAACAUGUUUGGGACUGUUGCAUUCAAAAUGUUGGAGUGGCUUACCCCAGCAAGUCUGGAGGAGCUAUCUAGGAAAGCAAAGGACUAUGAAGGGAGGCAUGCGGUAGAAGGCUCGGCUGAGAGCAACGCGCCGGUGGACCAAUCGAAGAACUCAGGUGCCCAAGUAGACAAGGUCACAGAAAGAGUAGAACUUGUGUCUGGAAAUUCGCCUGAGAGCCACGAGGAUCACGAAACAGAUACCUUGGAAACGGGUCUGGUUUCUGCCCCAGGAUCAGUCUCGUCAUCCGCAUCUUCAUCAUCUAAGGGAUCAUCCCACACCUCCAACACUUCAUCACCAAUUCCUGCCGACGACCAAUGCUCUUCUGAGCAGCAACAGGUGCGCGGGGCGAACGGGGAUGCGCCGAGGGCUGAGAGGGCGGUCACCAAUGGCCACUCUGUGCCUUCGCGGCCUUGCGGUCAGCGCCAAAAUUCAAACGCUAGAGUUCGCACUCCUUCCACGAAGCCGAAGCGCAAUCUCUCGAUUGAUAGUUUCCCUUCCGAGCAGGCGGGAGCGGACGAACUUUUCCCGACGACCUUGAUUUCUCCUCUUCUGAAUGGCAUUUCUCAAGAGAAGGGAUCUAAGCCAAACCUUAAACCUGGCAACGCAACUAUACCGCGGCCUAUUUCCCAGCUGUCUAGCACUGGGAUUUUUGGAGGCGUGCCUUUGGAAACGAUGCCACCACCAAAAACCAACACAACUGAGAAUAGGCCAAAGCCAGGCUACAGGAAUCCCAACGACACUAAUGACAGAAAACGCGAGGGCACCGAUCACACAACACGCUCUCCUGGAGGACUCUCAAGCUCAGAAAGAUCGUGCCGAGAAGUUUCACCCUGCGACAUUGAUGACGGCUUUGAGCGUGCGUACAGCCAAUUUUUGCCCCAGUCUCUAUCGCGGCUUAACCCCGAGAUCAUCGACAUGUUUUGCGAUAUACUACAGGAUGACAGCACUGCCGAAUCGCACCUUUUCGAACCUCGUUAUGUGUGUCGUCACGACUCGGUCCGAGAAGGCAUCUCGCACAAAGGAAAACUCAUGCAAAGGAAACAAUCUGCUCCCGGGCCGUAUCCCUCGGACAUGCUGUUGCGAUGGAUGAUGUUCAUCGAGCAAAGCUUUUUCUAUGUAUUGAGCGAUCCCCGGCGCCUCAUUAGGUCUUUUACCAAGAAAGGACAGUUAUUCGAUUCCCAAACCAUGUGGUAUUGCAUGUUGAGGAUGAGCCGGGUCGCCCCUACAGUGGUAAUACAUAGUCUCUGGAUGGCUGCAGAGGCACUCUUUGUACCACCCAAGUCUGUCCAGUCGCUGCGCUCACCAACUGCAAGACUCUUUCCAAAGCAAGAGAGUUCGCUCACUGAUACUGAGGCGGGCAUGCUGUUAUCUAUCUGCAUGCACCUUUUGAUUGCGGUGGCUCCCUUGACAUUUUCAAAGGAGGAACUUCAAGAUAUGUCUCGCAUCCGAGCGCAUGGCCUGAUCCUGGCGAGGACGGGUGCGGUUUCUCGACCGUCUACCCCAUUGUGUUUAGCAUAUAACGACGCUUUCGCAAACGACCUUGCCAUUCGGCUAGCUAGGCGACUCUUCGCUGCCAUUACUACUCGCAAUUACUUCAACGAUAUGGUUGCGAUGGACCUUGAUUCUACUUCAGACGGCGAGUCGCCGGACCUGCCCGAUGUUCUUGAGCCUCUUUUUCAGCAACUGGACUUUCUGAAUGCCGAUACCAUGUACAUGUUACAUUUCAGCAUCCCAAGUCGAGCCGUACACGAGAUCAGGGCCCCUACUCUACUCCUUGAUUGGGCGAGGAACGUCAUGCUUCAUGAGUGGGAUGGGCAGCCGAUAGUGCCCGGGGAUGGGCCUUUCGGCGGCGCCCUGGCACUUCUCAAGGCCAUGCACGAAAAGAGACGCCUACUAGUCUUGGCUGACGGUCAGUUUCGUGCCGACUAUUUUGCUGAUCGGCUCGACGAAGUGGACGUUCCUGUCUCUUGGUUGUCCUUCACUUCGACCAGACAGAAGCGCCACCUCCUGGACUUCCCGUUUAUGUUCAGCUCAUCAAAGCUCGUGUCAUAUUUCAGAUCCAUCAACUUUUCGCGCAUGAGUCGUUCAUUCGAGGAAUCGAACUCACUACACGACAGGAUAAGCGCCAUAGUCCCACCUAGGGGCAAUCUUAUCAUUAAUCCCCACCACAAGAAUGUGCUCCAGGAUAUGUUGAAGGCCGCAUCGUCCAAAUACUUGGUCCUCAGCAUAAGCAGAGAACGUGUAUUGGAGGACACUUUUGAUCAACUAUGGCGAAGGGAAGAGCGUGAGCUUUUACGUCCGCUGAAAGUCAGGCUCGGCGAGGGGAACGGGGAGGAAGGUUUCGACUCUGGUGGCGUCCAGCAAGAGUUCUUUCGCAUGGUCAUGGCUGAGGCGCUCAAUCCCGACUACGGGCUUUUUACGGUUGACGAAAGGACCAAGAUGACUUGGUUCCACCCAGGGUCACCCGAGCCGGACUGGAAGUUCGAGCUUAUUGGACUGCUCUUUUCUCUAGCCGUCUACAACGGCCUCACCCUUCCGGUUACAUUCCCUGAGGCCCUCUACUGCAAACUGCUGGGUGAACCGGUUACGGACCUGCACCACAUUUCGGACGGUUGGCCAGAGCUGGCCAGUGGUCUAACCACACUUCUCGACUGGGAUGAAAGCGCAGGUUCGGUGGAGGACGUCUUCUCGUUGACGUACGAGUUCUCUGUGUCCAUGUUUGGGCAGCCAGUAUCUCGCGAGAUGGAGAGCGACCAAGACGCGCAAUGGCCGUGCUUCCCGAGUAAGUAUGCGUUUGGCGGCACGGCGCUAUCGUCUUCUUGGUCCUCAGGUACGGCACCGGCGCCGCCACUGCACGAAGGUAACCCUUCGGACGCGCCAGCGGUGACGCGUGACAACCGCAAUGCAUAUGUGGCCGACUAUAUUCGAUACUUGACAGACGUCAGCGUGCGUCCCCAAUUUGAGGCCUUUGCGCGGGGUUUCCGGACCUGUCUGGGCACUAAGCCUCUCACGCUGCUGUCACCGCGCCUGCUUCGGUCUGUAGUUGAAGGCGUGCAAGACAUUGACGUGGCCGAAUUGCGGCGUCAUGCUAGGUAUGUCGGGUGGGACGCUUCUCACCGGACCGUGAGGGAUUUCUGGUCGGUUGUGCGUAAAUUCGACGACAGCAUGCGGCGCAAGCUGCUCGAGUUCGUCACAGCCUCGGACCGGGUACCUGUUGGCGGGCUUAAGAACCUGCAGUUUGUGAUCCAGCGCAACGGCGAGGAGGACGAGGGCGGUCAUCUGCCAACCGCGUACACUUGCUAUGGAAUUCUACUAUUGCCGCAAUAUCGUGAUAAGGAGGUUUUACGGGAGAGACUUUGCAUGGCACUCGGGAAUGCCCAGGGAUUUGGGUUUGCUUGA